AGCGUGCUGGCGUUUAGAUUUUGAUGGCAGGAACAGCGGCGACACUCACGUUGACACCACCGAGAUGGUGGCGGCAGCAUCAUCACCCUCCGAUUCCUUGUUCCUUUUCCUGCCGAAUGCUUCCACGGUCGAGAGGUUUGCGAUUGUACAGAAAUGGGGUUUUAGGUGCUACUUGUGGGGUUGGUUCUCGAAGCAAUCAAUUGAAUGUGUCACCUUGGGAUGAUAAACCCUUUCGAAUUCUUCCAAGUGGUAAAAAGACUUACUUGGAUGAACAAGACGUUGUGACAUUCAUUGAUCCUCCUAAGGGCUUGAUUCCUUUGGACCCAUCUUCCUAUAAUCCCUCUGCAUACCUAUGGAAAAAGAUUGAAGAUAUUCCUGAGGAAAGGCGACAUCGACUACUGCGAUUGUUAAAACCUAGGCUUGUGUCAAUGGCUUGGCAGAUAGCUGGUACACGGUAUGAGGAUCCCAAGUUGGUGAAGAAAAGUGCAUCUACACUGUUGUCCAGCUCUAACAGUGAUGAUGUUGUGGUUGAAUAUUAUAACUGCAGAACAAGUGGAGGACCAACGAUAAUUUCCUGGAUAAAUUCCUUUACAAAGGCCAUAUUUACCUGCAAGGAUGGAGAGGCCUACGGGCGAAUCAUAAGUGGAUCACUUUUGGCUGCAGUUGCAGACUCCUUCUCCCCUUUGUAUUUUGCGGUGAGACAACUUAAGGAAGUGAUGUCAACUGAACAGCCUUGCGAUUUAGCAUAUGAAUUUGGGGAUGGACUAUAUGAUAUCAAAGAGCUCCCAUCAGGUUUUCCAAGACCAGCUAAGCAUCCAUAUCCUCUCAACGAUCAAAUUGUUAUGUAUGUUCGCCAUCUAGGACCUGGGGUCUCAGUUGGGCAAGCAUGGCAAGAGGGUACUAAACUGGAGCAAGUCCCACGAAAGCUAUGCGGGGAGAUUUUAAUGGUGAAGAAUUACACAUCAUUACAAGAAAACCAAUGAAGAUAGUGGUUAUGCUCCCUUGGAGUUAAAACGACUCUUCGGUUAACAGUUAUUUACAUAUCAAUGAUGUGCAAACAGACAAGUUUCUAAGGCAUAUAUGACGGAAGUAUGACUCAUGUCCACGUUUGCAGUUUUUGUACAGAACUCAUUGCAGAAGUAGUCAAGAGAAUAGUACGUUAGAUGCAAUGUCACAUGUUUGGCUGAGACAAGGUGAAAUGAGAAGUUACUGCUACAUUCUCAGCAGAGCAAUGUUUAAUAUCCUCAUUCAAACUCAAGAUAGCUUGAACUUCAUACACAUUAAAUAUUUCGGUUGAAAUACUGUUUUCUUUUGUAACAUCCAAGCAUAGUACGUCCUCACAUGUGAUGUCGCGUAGAAGAAAAAUUGCAUUUCCCUUUCCUCAACUAAAAAGUUUUAAUUACGGGGUACAACACAAUUUUUUUA